AUGGUUGAAAUUGAAUCCAGACUGUAUUGGCCUACUUGUGAUAUUUCUCCUGACAAAGAUAUGAUUGAUCGAGAAAGAAGAAAAACAGUUAGAGAUAAAAACAGAACAACGUCAAAGAACUUAGAAAUCGAAGAAUUGAAUGCAGCUGAAGUCCUUGUUUGGAAAAUUGUGCAAGGGGUCUCCUUUAAAACAGAAAAGGAUAAACGCUUACGACAUUUAAAACCAUUUGUUGAUUCAUCUGGUUUUUUAAGAGUAAAGUCAAGAAUAUUAAUGAGACAAGACUUCGAAAAUUUUAGAACACCUGUAAUCCUACCUCCUGAACAUCCAGUUGUCUCUAAACUGAUUAUGGAAAAACAUAAACAACAAAUGCAUUGCGGAACUCAGACUUUAAUGGCAAUGCUACGAGAAAAUUUCUGGAUUUUGAAAAGUCGUAAAACUAUUCGUAAAGUGUUGAAAAACUGCACUAAAUGUAGAAGAUUUGAUUCGAGGCCCACCACGGUACAAUCCGCACCUUUGCCAAAAGACCGUGUUAAAGAUUCUUCUGUUUUUGAAGUGACAGGUAUCGACUUAGCUGGCCCUUUGUUUUUAAAAAAAUGGAUCGAAAACGUGGAUCGUUUUAUUUACAUGUGCCAUAUACAGGGCAAUUCAUCUUGA